UUGAUUCCUACACUACGAAGAUUAUAUCUGCAGUCAUGGCGUCGGCAAGUUAUGGAUACUACAGAGUCACUAUAUUUCUGGCAAUGUUUGUCGGCUACACACUGUAUUACUUUAACAGAAAGACUUUCUCCUUUGUGAUGCCCUCUCUGAUGCAAGAAAUUGAAUUGGAUAAAGAUGACCUAGGAAUGAUCACUAGCAGUCAGUCUUUGGCAUAUGCUAUAAGUAAGUUCAUCAGUGGCGUGCUCUCAGAUCAAAUCAGUGCCCGAUGGCUGUUCUCCAUUGGUCUGUGCAUGGUGGGAGGCAUCAACAUGAUUUUCUCCAUGUCAUCUGCUGUCACUGUCUUCUCUGCCUUGUGGUUCCUCAAUGGCCUUGGUCAGGGUCUUGGCUGGCCUCCCUGUGGCAGGGUGCUGCGCAAGUGGUUUGAGCCAUCUCAGUUUGGAACAUACUGGGCUGUUCUCUCAUGCAGCAUGAAUUUGGCUGGCAGCCUGGGCCCCAUUAUUGCUACGGUGCUGGCCGGGAGUUACAGUUGGAGGACGAUACUGUCUGUGUCUGGAAUGAUUUGUGUGUUGUUCUCCUUUGUCUGUCUGCUGCUCAUCAAGAAUGAGCCCAAGGAGGUGGGGCUGCCCAACAUAGAGGUAGCAACAACAAAGAGCAAAGGAGGAUCAACUGGUGACGAAAGCACCCUGUCAGAGUUCCUGCUGUCACCCUACCUGUGGCUGCUAUCUGUCUCUUACUUGGUGGUCUUUGGAGUAAAAACAGCCUGCACUGACUGGGGUCAGCUGUUCCUCAUUCAAGACAAGGGCCAGUCUACACUUAUGGGUAGCUCAUACAUGAGUGCCCUGGAGGUUGGAGGCCUGUUGGGCAGUCUUGCAGCAGGAUACUUUUCUGAUAAGGCUGUGGCCAAACAAGGCGUGAGGAUCUAUGGCAAUCCUCGCCAUUUUAUCCUGAUCUGCAUGAUGGCUGGAAUGUUUGUGUCCAUGUACCUUUUCAGAGUCACAGUAACUCCAGACAGCUCAAUGGUAUGGAUACUCAGCCUGGGUGCUACCUUUGGUUUCUCCUCCUAUGGGCCAAUAGCAUUGUUUGGAGUCAUAGCCAAUGAGAGUGCUCCUUCCAAAUACUGCGGCACAUCUCAUGCUAUUGUUGCACUGAUGGCUAACAUUGGAGGCUUCCUGUCCGGGCUGCCAUUCAGCACCAUUGCAAAGCACCAUGGCUGGGAAAUGGCCUUCUGGGUAGCAGAAAUCACAUGUGGUGCUGCCGCUAUUGGAUUCUUCUUGCUACGCAACGUUCGGACAAAGAUGGGUCGUGUCUCAAAGAAGGCGGAUUAAACCAUGACUAUAUCUCAUCCUUCAAACCCAGACGAAAACUUAAAACUAUGAGCAAUCUA